GUCACUCUUGUCAUGUGAGUCUCUGGCCUCUACGACGUUAAGCUUCUCAGAAAGUCAGUCCACUUUGAGUGUCAAGCAAGAGUGGUUGCAUGGGUACAGGACACUUCCUUCUGUUCCUCCUGACCAUGGUUUACGAAAUGGCAGUGAGCUGGGGGACUUACUAAAUUUUUCACCUGGAACAUCUGUGCCCAGUAACUGUAUCUCUGACUCAUUACCAGCCUACUUGUAUGGCAUGGAAGAUAAGCAUUCCCCUUACUCUAGUCCUUACCAUUCCUCAGCCUGGUCUCAAUCAACCCGAUCCAAAAAAAGAACACUCUCAGUAUCUCCUCUGUCUGACGGCAUUGGGAUCGACUUCAGUACAAUAAUCCGUACAUCUCCAACCUCUCUGGUGGCCUAUGUCAACAGCUCCAGGACAUCACCAGCAAACGUCUCCCCACAGCCUGAGGUCUAUGGACAUUUUCUGGGAGUGAGAGGAAGCUGUAUAUCCCAAAAUUGCUCCAUGCCAACUGCGCAGAAAGGCCUUCUCAUGGCUAAUGUCAAUGUUACCUUCCCAGGGUACGUUCAGAAUGGGGCUGAUGAGUACCAGCGGAUGCAGCAGCUGGAGCAAGCCAGUUUGCAGAUGGCCACCACAAGUAACAUGGUGAUCCAGCAGGGUGUGCUGCCUGUGGACAACCAGGCAGUAGGUGUCUUGAAAAAUGAACGGCUGGAUAACUUCUCAGGCCAUACAGUUGACAUGCCUCCUCCACCCCUGCUGCCACUCCCUCCUCCACAAGGACCACCCCCACCAUACCACGCUCACCAGCACCGGCUUCUACGCAGCCUCCCAAAACACAUUUAUCCACUGCCUGUGCCUCCUCUUGUGCCAGGCUCCCUGCUUGAUGAAGAUGGGGAGCUAGAUGAUUUCAAUGGCAAGCAUGGCUGUCACUGGGUUGACUGCGGUGCGCUGUAUGACCAGCAAGAAGAACUUGUGCGACACAUAGAGAGGAUCCAUGUAGACCAGAGGAAGGGAGAGGACUUCGCUUGCUUCUGGGCAGGGUGCCCACGAAGGUACAAGCCAUUUAAUGCCCGUUAUAAACUGCUGAUUCACAUGAGAGUUCACUCAGGGGAGAAGCCAAACAAAUGCACG